UUUAUCCAUCAAAGUCUGGGUUCGAUGGAUGGGAGAAGCUUGGCAACUCAGGCUGGAGCUGGGACAAAAUGGCUCCGUAUUUCAGGAAAUUUCAUACUUUGACACUGCCAUCAGAAGUUGCCCAAGAAGACCUUGCUCUCAAGUAUGUGGACAAGAAGCUCCAAGGCACCAAUGGACCUAUUCAACUAUCCUUUGGCGAGCCAGAUGCAUACACACCAUUCAAUAAGGCCUGGCCAAAGACAUUUUCAACUUUGAAGCAUGAACUGACAGGCGAUCCUAUCUCUGGAGUUGCUAACGGCGCUUUUACCAAUCCUGGUAUCGUGAAUCCUGUUACCAAAGCGAGAAGUCACGCUGGUGCAGACUACUUGAGUAAAGAGGUUGCAACCCGAUCAAAUCUCCGCAUCCUAACAGAGGUCUUGGUAGAGAAGAUCUUGCUCGAAAAGACGUCAACAAACGAACUAUCUGCUCGUGGCGUGCAAGUCAAAACAAAGGAUGGCAGCAGAAAAGACAUUUUAGCAGGUCAUGAGGUAGUACUUGCGGCCGGAACGAUCAAGUCGCCCCAGCUCCUAGAGCUUUCUGGAAUUGGCGAUUCAAAUAUUUUGAAAACCUAUGGAAUCGAAACCCUGAUCGACAACUCAAACGUGGGAGAGAAUCUGCAAGACCACGGAUACGUUCCAUUCUCUUGGGAGGUGGCAGAUGACCAAAUAUCUGGUGACGUCCUCCGCAACCCGGAGAUCGCUGGCGCAGCUAUGGCAGCUUAUCAGGCGGCUAAAGCAGGCCCGCUGUCUGGAGUACCCAUUGUGUCUGCGUUCAUGCCUUUGGUUGAUUUGGAAAAAGCUGAUAUGGAGCAACUUCUCGACACGUACAUUGACAAGCAUGAAUAUUCAAACAUUCCUUCUCAGAAACAACAAUUUGAGAUCAUUCGAGAGAUGCUCUUGAACCCUCUCGAUGCCUCUGGACAAUAUACUAUGGCACCUUUCCAGAUUGUUCCAAGAGACGGCCCUCACUGCAAAGGCAUUUACGGCAUGGGCAAGGAUGGAAACUAUAUCAGUAUCGUAUCAGUACUGAAUCAUCCUUUGUCGCGAGGAACGGUACAUAUUAAUUCGGCAAAGCCAGAAGCUCAACCGACAAUUGAUCCUCGAUACUUCUCUCAUCCGCUGGAUCUAGAACUCCAUGGCCGUCACACUCAAUGGCUCGAGACUAUUGCGGCCACUGAGCCUAUGGCAUCAUUGCUGAAGAAAGAUGGUCGCCGAAUCCAUGCCCAGAAGCCAGUAAAUGAUCUUGAAACCGCCAAAGAAAUCGUCCAAGAGACCUUCGUCUCCCACUAUCACGUUACAGGCACAUGCUCUAUGUUACCAAAGGAGCUUGGAGGCGUGGUAAAUGAGCAUCUCCUCGUGUAUGGCACUUGCAAUCUCAGGAUCGUGGAUGCCAGUAUCUUCCCGAUGAUACCUAGAGGGAAUAUUCAAGCGAGUGUGUAUGCGGUAGCUGAAAGAGCAGCGGACAUUAUCAAGGAGGAUCAUUUGACUGCAAAAGUCGGAAUUACAUCGAUCCGCUGAGAAAGGAAUGAUGUGAUAGUGAUGGAUCCUAUGAUUUAGCAAUAGCCGU